AUGGCGGACCCAGUAAGAAAUAUCAUCAUCAAACUCGGAAGCAAGACAUGUUCUCCAGAGGUGGCUCUUAAGCAUAUUCAGACGCUAUUACAGUUUGCUAUGAAGAAGAAACUCAAGCUUGAUCCUCUACUUCGUAAUGAGAUAUUGGUAACUGUUAUGACGAACUACCCAGAGUUUUAUGUUGAAUGGUCUGAAGACGAUGCAACUGAACUGCUGAUGAUGAUUUCUGAAGCCAGUGAUGAGGUUUCUCCAGUAUCUAUUCCAGAACCCUCGGAUGGAAAUCGGGCAGGGGCAUUUCUUCGACAUUUUACACAACGAGCCCUAGAAUCUGCUGAGGUCUCUCGACGGCGAGCAGAGUCGCAGCCCCUGUAUCUCGAAGCUGCUCAAAAAGAGAUAAGACACAGACUGGAGAUCCUCCGAAACAGGUCAAACAAUUCUGAUUCUCCUAUUGAAAUUUCACCAGAUAAACCUGAUGAUUCUAUUACUCCGUCUUGUGUGCCUGUUAAUACUGAAAACUUAUCUGCUUUGAACUCUGAGAAACCCCAUGUAAAUGUUGAUCCUUCAUCCCUGCCGUUGAGUGAGUCUGAUUGUGUGAAAAAUGAUGUCUUGCAUGUGUCUGAUGAGAAAGAAAAAUCAUCUGAUGAGCCCAAUAAUCUGAGUUUAGUUGUAUUCUCUUCUGAUAAUAUUGUUCUGCCUCCUGCUGAGAUUGCCGUUAAUCCAAAAGAAAUUUGCCCUGCUGUUGAUCCUUCUGUUUUACCUGCUAAUGUUGAGUCUGUUGACCUCACAAGCCCCCAUAAGUCUGAGAAAACAGGUGGAAUCCUAGUCUACACUGCCACAUCGUUAGGUGAAAGUCUGGAACAUGUGCGACAUUUUGCUGGCCUACCGUCUGCUUCGAUUCCUCAACCGUAUCGAGUGAUUCACCCAUCUGAAUCCUCCAGCGAAGAUGAUAAGAUUCUGGCUGAAGUUUAUGGGUCUCAAGCACCUCCAUCUGACAUUCCAACCGUUGAGGCCACUGCUCAUCCUGACUCCACAAAAUUCAAAAUACGAGAGGUUACUAAUCUGCUUGGUGGCUCUUCUGCUCAAGUAUCUGAUUCCAGUCAUUCUGUGACUCCUGUUCAAUCCCCAACCAAAGAAACUAGAAGGUCUAAAAAGAAGAAUGUUCCUGUGAAAGUUGUUGUUGAGACAGGUGAUGACAGUGCUGAUGUAGAUCAACCUGAGAAGAAAAGGAAGUCUAGUGAAACAGUCAAAUCUGAAGCUAAUCCACCUAUCCAACAAGUUUUCAAGACACUGCGAUCUUCUGUUAAACAAAAGGGCCCUACGGCUGUUCAACCUGCUGCUGUACCUACAUCAUCUACCAGAAAGAAACCAUCCACACGUUCCAGAGGUCGAAGCAUAACUCCUGAAGUUCAACCUGUUAAAGGAUCUGACACAUCUGUUUACAAGCCUCAGUUUGUAUCUCCUGCUGCUCAGGCCAAAUGGUCUACUAUGGUCAGAAGAGACCUUAUUGUUCAACGAUCUGUGGAUGAGAACCAGCUGAACUCCGUAUGUGAUAUUCUACCUCUACUGAAUGAAGUAGGAUUGCUGAAGACUGUCACUGCCAUCUGCCCUUACUCAAAGCUCCUCACGUAUGAAUUCUACUGUAAUCUCAAUGAAGAGAUUGACAUCUUAACCGGGCCACGACCAAUGCAGAUUUUCAUCAGAGAGAAGUGGUACUUUUUUGGGCCUGACAUGAUCAAUGAAUACUAUGGACUGACUACUAUGCAAGAAGAGGCGAUCACAGACUGGAACUUGGUGGCCAAAAUUCUUACGGGUGGACAAAUUGAAGCCUGGCCUACGGGUGAUAAGGAUUAUCUGCAGAGCUCUCAACUCACAUCCAGAUAUGUUAUUCUGCAUCGCCUGGCUCUUCACAACUGGCUCCCAUCAGCUCAUUUCCACACGGUUGGCAAGCAUCUGGCAGGUUUCUUGUUUCAAAUUGGAGCAAAGAUGCCGAUUGAUUUGGGGAACUGGAUUUACCACCACAUCCUCACCAUGAUUCACCCACGAGAGCAGAAGGUAAGGCUACCCAUCCUGAAUCUGAUUUAUGGCAUUCUUACAUCUCAGGGUCUUGAGCCUGUGCCGAGUGAAGUGAUCAGUCCAACUCUGCUCUAUACUGUUGAUAAGCGUCUUCUGACUGGAGAUCACAUUUGCGAUGUUAUUCCGGUGACUGCCCCCUCCAAUUCUGAACCUUAUACUGUGGCUGAUGACUCGCCCCAUGCAAGGGAUCUUCAACUCUCCAUUCAGUUGAAAGCAAAGGUCUCUAACCUUGAGACAGUUCACAGCAUUAUUGCUAAACAACUGACAGGAGCCCAUACUGAGCUGGCAACCGUUCUUCAUCAUUUGAGCCUGUCUGAAGCUGCUGCUGCUGAACCUGCGAAGUCCGGCAGUGACGCUCCCUCCAAUGCUUGA